GGCUAGGCGAUAAACCUCAGGACGAUUCCUUACCUCUCCUCCUCCUCUUCUCCUAACUUAAACCCUAGAACUAACGAAACCUCCAAACCACAAUAACAAGAAGGGGCUGUUGAAAUAAUUGUUUAAAAUGAUGACUACACGGCUCAUUGGUAUUAAGGUGCCUAUUGGACUCAAAAGCAGAAAGGGGGAAUGGAAGGAAAGUUCACCCUCUUCCUUGCGCCAAACUAAAGUUUGUAACUUUGAGGAAUUUGGUUGUUUAGAUGGCAUUCAGAGCUCUCCCCUAUGUGUGCAACAUAGAAAUUUGUUAUCUCCCCUGCUGAGAUGUAGAAAUUCCCCUUCACUGUCAGUUCGCAAUCAGGUAAGUCCAGAUUAUGGUGUGGAAACCACUAAUGUGGUGGAGAGAGUUGCAUUGAAGGAAGAAGAUGGUGCCACUCUCAAUGCUUUUAGUGAGGAUCUCCGUGAGAUCUCGGAGAAACCUAUUAGUGAACCAGUUGAUGUCAAAAGGGAACUUGUGAAGCUUGCAUUGCCUGCAAUUGCUGGACAAGCUAUUGACCCCUUAUCACAGCUGAUGGAAACUGCAUAUAUUGGAAGACUGAGUCCUGUGGCAUUGGCUUCAGCAGGUGUUUCAAUAUCAAUUUUUAAUAUUAUAUCAAAACUAUUUAACAUUCCUCUCCUCAGUGUUGCAACUUCCUUUGUUGCUGAAGAUAUUUCCAAGAACGCAACUCAAAAUUUGUCAUCAGGGCAAAGUUCUAAUGGUAACCCUGUGGAGACUGAAAGAAAGCAACUAUCCUCUGUGUCUACGGCUUUACUUCUAGCUGUUUUCAUUGGCAUAUUUGAGGCUUUGGCAUUAUCAUUGGGGUCUGGACCUUUUCUUAACUUGAUGGGUGUACCCUCAACAUCAGAAAUGUAUGCCCCAGCACAACGAUUUCUUUCACUACGAGCUCUCGGUGCUCCAGCUGUUGUAGUCUCUUUGGCUCUUCAAGGCAUUUUUCGUGGGUUUAAAGAUACGAAGACUCCUGUUUUCUGUUUAGGUAUUGGUAAUUCAUUAGCUGUACUUUUCUUCCCCUUACUUAUGUAUGGAUUUGGAAUGGGUGUAAUUGGAGCGGCUCUCUCCACUGUGCUGUCUCAGUACAUUGUUGCAAUUCUGAUGGUCAGACAUUUAAACAAGAGAGUUAUAUUACUUCCUCCAAAGUUGGGGUCAUUACAAUUUGGUACCUAUAUAAAAUCAGGUGGUUUUCUUCUUGGACGAACAUUAGCUGUUCUUAUUACAAUGACUCUUGCAACUUCAAUGGCUGCUCGUCAAGGUUCUGUAGCUAUGGCUGCACAUCAAAUAUGCAUGCAAGUUUGGUUGGCUGUCUCUCUUCUUACAGAUGCAGUUGCUACGUCUGGCCAGGCCUUGAUUGCAAGUUCUCUAUCAGAAGGUGACUACAGGACUGUGAAGGAAACUACAAAAUUUGUAUUAAAUCUAGGGUUAAUCACAGGUGUUUCAUUGGCUGCAAUUUUGGGCAUAUCUUUUGGUCCCUUAGCCACCUUAUUCACAAAUAAUUCUGAAGUUUUAGGAAUUGUUAGAAGUGGGCUAUUAUUUGUCUGUGCGAGUCAACCAUUAAAUGCGUUGGCUUUUAUUUUUGAUGGUCUCCAUUAUGGCAUUUCGGACUUUCCAUAUGCAGCUUCUUCUAUGAUGUUGGUUGGAGCUGUAUCUUCUGCAUUUUUGCUUUUUGUCCCUAGAACCCUGGGUCUUGGAGGGGUUUGGUCGGGCUUGACUCUGUUUAUGGGGUUACGUAUGGCAGCUGGAUUUUUCAGAAUAAUAUCAAAAACUGGGCCAUGGUGGUUUCUGCACAGGGAUAUUCAGAUAGCAUAGCUGACAAGUUGAGAUUGGGAUGAUCAGAAAUGACUGGAGAACGCAGAUCGUGAUUUGCGUUCAUGGAAGGAUAUAUUUUAGCAGAAGAAAAUGUUCUUUCUAGAUUUGUGACCGGCAGAUGAGGGGUUAUCCCAAAAUUGAUUUGUAAUUCAUUAGACUACAUUUGUUCAUAAUUUUUUUUUUCAACAUAUAAUUUGUGUACACCAAAAAUCAGACGACAUUUGUUUAUAUCAAUAUAAUGUUAUUAUUGCU